AGAUCAUACGCGUUCAAUUCCACGUCUUCUUAUUCUUAUUCUCCUUCUCUCGAGCUCGCUGAAGACUUGUGUUCCUUAGUUCGGUGAAGCGUAAUCGUCCGCUUGUGGUUUAUUUAAUCCAACCUCUGCAACCACCAAAUCCGACCGCAGAUCUGAGAGAUCUACACCGUCCUCUCAUGGCUCUCCCGACGCGCUCCGUUUUCCUAUCUCUCUUGCUCUUCCUCUCAAUGUCUAUUUCUCUGGCGGAGAUCCGCUUCACGGGCGUCCGAUCCGACAACCGGCCCAUAAUCCCCUUCGACGAGUUCGGGUUCACGCACAGGGGCCGCCUGGAGCUCAACGUGUCCGGGAUCUCGCUCUCCAAAUCGAACCUCGAACUCAACAAGGUCGGGUUCUUCCUCUGCACCCGCGACUCCUGGAUGCACGUGCUCCAGCAGCUCGAGGACGGCGAGGUCGGGUGCGCCCUCCUCUCCGACCUCGUCAAGCAGGUCUACACCUUCGACGCGCUCAAAGCCAAGAAGGAGUUUAACACCGUUUUCAAUGAAACCGACGCCGAUCAGUACACGCUCGUGUUCGCGAACUGUUUCAACAGAGACCUCACGGUCUCGAUGGACGUGAGCUCGGCGAUGUACAAUCUCGACGGGAGGAGCGGUCGCCGGGACUAUCUCUCCGCCGGGAAGACCGUGCUCCCUAGGGUUUACUUCAUCUUCUCGCUGGUCUACUUCGUCCUCGCCGGAAUCUGGAUCUCCGUGCUCUACAAGAAGCGAUUGACCGUGUUCGGAAUCCACUUCUUCAUGCUAGCCGUGCUCAUCCUCAAGGCUCUGAACCUCGUCUGCGAGGCCGAGGACAAGUCGUACAUCAAGCGCACCGGAAGCGCGCACGGCUGGGACGUGUUGUUCUACAUCUUCAGCUUCUUGAAAGGAAUCACCCUGUUCACGCUGAUCGUGUUGAUUGGUACCGGAUGGUCGUUCCUGAAACCCUACCUUCAGGACAAGGAGAAGAAGGUGUUGAUGAUUGUAAUCCCGCUACAGGUUAUCGCUAACAUCGCUCAGGUCGUGAUCGACGAGAGCGGUCCAUUCGCGCAGGACUGGGUGACGUGGAAGCAGGUGUUCCUGCUCGUCGACGUGAUCUGCUGCUGCGCCGUUCUGUUCCCAAUCGUGUGGUCGAUCAAGAACCUCCGCGAGGCCGCCAGGACCGACGGCAAGGCCGCGGUGAAUCUGAUGAAGUUGACCCUGUUUAGGCAGUACUACAUUGUGGUUAUUUGUUACAUUUACUUCACGCGUGUGGUGGUGUACGCCUUGGAGACCAUCACUUCGUAUCGGUACCUUUGGACCAGCGUCCUGGCUGCGGAGUUGGCGACCCUGGCGUUUUAUGUGUUUACAGGGUAUAAAUUCAAGCCCGAGGCGCAUAAUCCGUAUUUCGUGAUCGAUGACGACGAGGAGGAGGCGGCAGCCGAGGCGCUAAAGCUCGAGGACGAGUUCGAAUUGUGAGGAUGGUGUCAAAGGAAGAGUGACCAUUGGAGCUGGUGCAGUGAUUGAGGUAGAAAAUUCAUACUUUUACAAAUGGGUCUUGUUAAAUUUGAGUAUUAUAGGCAUUGCGUAGGUAGAAUUCGUGCUAUGUUAUCUUUGUUGUGUUGAUUGAUCUGCUGCGCCUGUUACUAGGAUAAUUUCAUAGACCUCUUAUGUAUGUCUGUGAAUUGGAUAGUAUUUGUAAGUAUUGAUACCAGAUCCUUUGCAUUUCAAUUUUUGGGGAAAAUGGCUGUGUUUUAUAUCAA